AUGAGCAAUGGAUCCGGUGAAUUGUUAAAUCCUUGCCGCUGUGAUGGGUCAGUACGAUACACGCAUCAGCUUUGCCUGUUAAAGUGGAUAAGUGAAAGAGGGUCAUGGACCUGUGAACUCUGCUGUUACAGAUACCAUGUUAUAGCAAUUAAAAUGAAGAAGCCUUGCCAGUGGCAAAGCAUUACUAUAACACUGGUUGAGAAAGUGCAGAUGGUUGCUGUAAUCCUAGGAUCUCUGUUCUUAGUAGCAAGUGUGACUUGGCUUCUAUGGUCAGCCUUCAGCCCUUAUGCAGUAUGGCAAAGAAAGGACAUCCUUUUUCAAAUCUGCUAUGGAAUGUAUGGUUUUAUGGAUCUAGUAUGCAUAGGACUGAUAGUACAUGAAGGUGCAUCAGUUUAUCGAGUGUUUAAGCGCUGGAGGGCUGUGAAUCUACACUGGGAUGUGUUAAAUUACGAUAAAGCCACAGACAUAGAAGAGAGCAAUCGAGGAGAACCCUCGGGAGGAAGGACAUUGUGGUUACCAUUGACUGCAUUUAGAAACAGAAGUUUAGUUCAUCCAACACAGUUAACCUCACCAAGAUUUCAGUGUGGCUAUGUAUUGUUACAUCUGUUCAACCGCAUGAGACCUCAGGAAGAUUCAUCAGAAGAUAACGGCUCUGGGGAAGUAGUGAUGAGAGUGACCUCAGUGUAA